CGACAACUGUUAUGUCUCCGGGUAACAAUGGACGCCACUUCCAAAUCAAAUUAAAAGCAUAAUAUGUAAGGAGCAUAGGCAUAUACAUAUUAUACAGCUCCAUAGUAAGGAGUCACUUUGUAAGGUCUAACUUAACAGUUACGUAAUGUUUUUUAAAGAUGUAUUUUACAAGGUGGACUACACUAGACUACAGAUGUCUUGUCUUUCAUUUCAGUGCCGUUCUGUGUAUAGUAUAGACAUAGAUGUCAGAUGAUGUCUGAUGAUGAUCUGAUAGUGCAUACCUGAGAAUACCUCUUUUGUUUAUUCUUAUUAGGCACAUGACAUAUAUGUCAUGUAGCCUGAGUGAUACUGAUUUAACUGAUCACUGAUACUGUUUCACUGUUUGUUCGUGGACGUGAUGUUGGUACUUCGAUAAAAAAAAUUCAAACUCACACAAUAAUAACAAUUGUUUAAUUAUAAAAAUAUAUUUAUUUAGAGUUAUAGAGCAAACUUCAAAUAAAAAGAAAAUGAAACAAGAAUCAACUUUGCAGCUUUUAGUCUAAGUACUUUUUAGCUUUUUUUAGCUAUGAAUUUUUUAAAUUAUAUAAUCAUAUAUAUAGUCUAUUUUAGGCAAGGUGUCCCCUAAAAAAUAAUGCUGGUUUGAGACUACUUAUUUUGAAAUUUCAACUUUUGGGGGGUACAUGGCUAAUUAAUUAAAGCUCUCUUUGACCAAUGAUUUUAACAGUUUUUGCACAUGGCACAUUCAUUGUCUUAUUACUCUUAUGAAGGAAAUUAUAAGUCUAGUACUAUAGUAGUAUAAGACAAGCAAGGACUGUGAAUGUUUGCCUAAGACAAUAUUUUGCGCACAGAAAAUUAUGAUCAUUUAUAAUAUUGACUCUACAGUGUCUGUGUCUUUAAACCUCAAAUAAAAACUUUCUAGGUUCAUUCUAAUACACAAGUUAUCAAAUAUUUUAAUGUAAAUAGUGGUAAUAAUUGAAUAUUUCCUUAGAGUCGGCAUCACCCGCUAUUAAAAAUUGGGAUUGGCCCACGCCAUGGUUGAAAUUAGGCUGAGCGACCUCAUGGUAAUGCAGGUUACAGGGACAAGCAUAACAAACAUCAGACACGGGCUACAUCAAUGAGAUUUAGCACACAUAUACAUCAAUAUAUAAUGCUUUUCAUUAUUUAAUAUGAAAGACCAUUUUUUUUAACUUCAUCAAAAGUUUUGAGGUAAAGAAGCCUUACAUAUAUCUAUGAGUUUCCAUAGCCAAGGUUGAUAAAGAAAGACAAAACAGUAGUGGGGAUGUAUGUCAUGAUGUCCCUAUUUUGACCAUGUGGAAGGAUACCACAAUGUUAUGACAAAACAGUCCUUUUAGUUAUUGGAAAAGACCCAACGUCCAAAACUUAAAAACUCUGAUUUGUCUGCGCCAGCACCCAUUUCCCAUAUAAAUUUUGAAGUAGUCUCCCUUGACUUACCAAAGUGCCUAGAUUAAGUCAGUGAUGAUCUGAUAGUGAUUGUCAAAAAAUUAUUGUACCCUGGGCUGUCGUCAGUGUCGCAAGAUUCUGAUUAUUAAUGCUAUCCGUGUAAAUGUAGGUACUGUGUGACUGUCACUCUAUUUGUUUCAGUUAAACCAAUGCUUUAUUUAAAUUGUUUUUUCUUCUUAGUUACACACACUGGAGACUAAUACUAAUGACAAUGGGUAUGAUUAAAUUUAAAAAAAAACGAGCACAAGUUUUACUUGUAGACCUAGACUUUAAUUUAACUCAAUUUUUAGGCCUGUGUAGUGUUCAUUUGGCCUGUCUGUAUAGUGUUUAUAAAAAUUGAACUCAAAAUAAGUGAAGUCUGAAAAUGAAACACUUAAUAUUAAAAUGUGUCAUGUCUGAGAAAGCCCUUUUUUGAAACUUAAAAAAAAGAAGACUGAAAAAAUAUAGUUCAAUACACACAUCACAGUCUAAACAGGCAUAUCAAUUUUAAAUCAUUUACCAGAUAUUCAAAUGGGAGCAUAUAUAUAAUCAACAAAUAUAUCUGGAGCCCAAAAAUGCCUCCAAGCAGAGCAACAAAGGACAGAGAGACCAAGGAUGCUAGAGUGCUUGCCAAUAGAUAUGAGAUUGUUAAAAAAUUGGGCAGUGGAAACUUUGGAACAGCAUUUUUAUGCAAGGAUAAAAAGUGCAAUAAUGAAAUGUAAGCAAUCUUAAGAGAUACUGUUUAUUGUAUACAUAUUCAUUUAAAAAUAUAUACUUUAUAUAUAUAGGCUAUGCAUUGGCAUCCUUCUAUGAUCAACAGUGGUCGGUUUAUCUUUAUGCCCACGUGUGGCUUAUGAGUUUGAUUCUAGAAGGGAAGUCAUCUCUGCUGAACUUUUUUUCAGGUUAACCUAGAAGGCUGUGGUCUAUUAUACCCAGCUGGGAUGGUGUUCUGUGCAGCCUUCUCAUUGACAUGUGUUGAAAAUGGCUAGCUUUAUAUCUCAUUUGCACCUGCUCAUGUAGCUACUUUGCUAUAAACAGUUGGUUUCCAUAUAUUGAUGCGUUUUGCAGAACUAUUCUUAUAUAUUUUUGCCACUAUAAGAAAUAUAAAGCACCCUUUACACAAAAUUUUUAAUAGAAACCAUGUGCACUAUUUGAAACAUUUUGAAAUUAGCACAUUCCAUUAUCUUGAAAAAUUUUUAUUCUUUUGACAUUAUCAGUAUUAAUUGACCUUAAAAUGAAUAUAACCUCUCCUAAAACAAGGCUUUUCAAAUGUAUACACUUGCAAAUAAUAAGCAGAAUAUUUAUAAAGACAUUUCUUUACUAUGCAAUUAUAAUUGUUUGGAGUGUUUUCAAUCCUUAAACAUAAAGGAAAGUGCUCAAGGAGAUCUCCGUAGGGGACCUCCAGCCUGAUGAAACUGUGGAUGCCAUGCAUGAGGCAAGACUACUGUCCAAGUUGGAUCAUCCUGGCAUUGUCAAGUUCCAUGACAGCUUUAUUGAUGGGGAGUACUUCUGUAUUAUAACAGAAUAUUGUGAGGUAAGUUGAAAGAAUGAGUUUUAGAAGGAUCUGAAAAUUUUAAAAAAUUUAAGAGAGAGAUAUAGGUUUCAGUCACUAGGGAAUAUAAAUUUCUUGGUGAUAAUCUUUGACGUUUUCUUUUUAAAUUUUCAAAAUAGUUAAAUUAAUUGUUUAGGCCUUCAUAAGAAAACAUAAUGACAAACUCCUUGUCAUUAGCAAUAACCAUAAUUUUAUAUUGCAUUCAAAUUUUAUUGAGCAAAUAUUAUACUAUUUCACAUAGAAGAUUAUAUUUUAAAUGCAAAUUUAUUUGUUAUUUUAAUUACUGAUGCCACUAGUUUGAAAUGAAUGUUAGAAAUAAUUAUAAAACUUAGACUUUUCAUAUAAUUCAAAUCAUUUAGGGGGGAGAUUUGGACCACAGAAUCACAGAGUACAAGAAAUCAGGAAAAUCCUUUGAGGAGAAGACUAUCUUACAUUGGACAAUACAACUUGUCUUGGCUGUUCAGUACAUGCACAGCAGAAGAGUGCUUCACCGGGACCUCAAAACCAGGUGGGUCAUGCCCAAAUGCAACCAGAGAUAUGCCCAACCCAUACAUAAUUUAAAACUAUAUAAGCUGAAAUUAGUCCACAUAUUAACACUGUGAUUAAAAAUUAAUUAGAAAAUAUUGUUGAAAAGCAUCGUAAUUAUUAUUUUUUUUUUACACACCUUUCUCAGAAAUAUAUUUAUUCGUAAUAACCUAAUGAAAAUUGGAGAUUUUGGAAUAUCACGUAUUCUUAUGGGCACAACUGAUAUGGCCUCAACAUUCACUGGAACACCAUACUAUAUGAGUCCUGAGGUCCUAAAACAUGAGGGAUACAACUCAAAAUCGGAUGUAUGGUUCGUAUUCAGUUAUUAAACCUUGUUCAAAAUUUUCAUUGUAUUCUGAGAAUAAAUAAUCUCACUAGCUGUUGGGUUUUAUCUUGAAAUCAAAUUUUAUGUUUUUUUGGUUUUUUUCGGCCUAAGACAUCUAAAAAUAGUUACCUGUGCUUGAAAUUUAGCUAAAUUCAAAUCUAGCUUCAGUUAAAAAUAAACUCCUGAAAGAAAGAAAUCCUAUGUUGAUGAUAAAAUCCUUUGAAUGGUUGUUUUGUUAAUGUUCAGUUGUUGGGUGUAUAUGGAAUGCAUAAAAGAGCAGGAUUAGAUUUUCCAAAACCAUUGUUUUUGCCUUUAAACCACCCCCCCUCCCCCCUCCCCCCCAGUCUUUAUUUCCUACAGUAAAUUAGAUUUGGUCAAUGAUUUUUCCAUAUUCCCUACAUAUCUGGUGCUUUCUCAGCAUUAAAGUUGAUACUUACGAAGUAAGCCAAUGAAAAUAUGGAAUUAUUUCCUCAUGCCUAAACCAGGUCAAUAGGUUGUAUACUGUAUGAGAUGUGUACCCUGGAGCAUGCCUUCAUGGGUCAGGGACUAAUGGCUGUCAUGUAUAAGAUUGUAGAGAAGGAAGCUCCUGAUCUGCCAGACAAAUAUUCCAAAGAGCUAAAUGAAGUUUUCCAGAAGUGAGUGACUGUUUCUUUUUUCUUUUUAUUUUCUUUAUAGCACAAGUUUAUGAGUGUUACGCACUGGCUUCUAUUGUGAGAAAUUAAUCUCCUAUUUUAAAUUUAUGGCUUGUUCAAACAGUGCCUAACAAUGGACGAUACCAUAGAAAAAUAAAAUAACAAAAGUAAGACGCCCAAAAAGUACCAAUUACAAUUAAAAAGAUUUAAUUUAUUAAUAAUACAAUUACAAAACAAAAGAAAUAUCAUUACAAAUCAACAACUUACAGUAUGGUAGAUCUUGUACCGGUACCCAGUUAACACAGUUAGUACAAUGUGCCAAUGAAUAAUGAUGAAUGAUCAAUGCGAAUAAACACAUACAAGUACACAAAGAAUAAUACACGUCUCGUGAAGUUAAAAAUAUCUAUUAAUCUCUGUCUCCCUCUGUGCCUGUCAAUCCCUUAUAUAUGUGGCGUGGGUCUACCGAGGCGUCUAGAAACGCCCUUACUUUUCUAAUACAAUCGAGAGCCUUCGACAAGAUACCAGUAGACAUACUAACCAUGUUUAAUUGGAGGUCGGUAGUAAACAAGAUACUUCAAAAUAUUUAACCACGCCCACAACAAACGUUACUGUCUGCUAGGUGUCUAAUGCGGGGGUCAAAGAAAGUUCACGCACGGGGAAAAAAGUGUACUACAUAACAAUGAGCUUCUUCUAGUUAGGUUAGGAAUUCUGUACUACUGUUGCCAAUGUUUCUAAGAGUCAUUCAGAGAGUAUUAAAUAACUAGUCCAAACACUAGUGCACACAUUACAAAAGAAUGAGCCUGGCAUUCUGUGUGUUGAUGUGCUUGUCCAGGGUCAUAGUUUCUUCUUUACAUCAGUUGGUCAACAUGCUUUUUAUUUUUAUUUUGUUUUAAAUUUCACAAUUGUACAGAAUGUUAAUUAAAGAUCCUGAAAAAAGACCUUCAGCCACUGAUGUCACAAAAUUCCCUUUUAUAGCAAGAAAUAUGACUGUAAGUAAUUCAUUUUCUCAGCAAGGCUUUUGAAAAUUAUUUUCACCUUAAACUUUUUCCUUAAACCUUGUUGAUCCUCAGUUUAAAAAAAAAAUUGCUAUGUAAAUCUGAGUGUAACAUCUUUAAACAUUUUGAAAAAUAAAAUUUAAAGUGUAUGACUUGGUUUGGACAAGAAAAUUUUGGUGAGUUAAAACAAAUCAAUUUUGACAAAAGGAUGAUCAUGACUUAUAAUUUUCUUACUCGCCUCAUAGAAAAUGAAAGAGACACUGACAGAGGAGUACAGGGCAAAGCACAACAUGAAUCCUGAGACUGCUGAGAGAGAGGCUUCAGAGCUGGCUGUGUUAUUGUGAGUUGUUGUGUACAAAUAUUACUUAAGCUUUGCAUCAAAUAAAAGUAGUGGCUUUGUGAUUUUUUUGGGUGACGUAAUACUUCAUUAUUUACACACACUUAAUUUGAAUUCACUGAACAUAAUUGUUAAAAAAAAUGCUUUUCUGGCAACUCAUUACAUAUAUUGAGUUCUUGCUUCAACGAAUAAAGAUAAGAAUAAUUUUUUUCACCAUUGAAAAUUUUGAAACAAAGGAAAUUUAAGUAAAAUUUAUUUAACCUUGAAAUAAUAUUUUUCUUAACAUAAAAUGAAUCCAUUUCAGCUGAGUAGCAAUUAAAUGUUUGUGGGUGUUUUUUAAAAAAAGUUAUAGACAGUAUUAAUAGCUAUCUUAAUAACAAACUCGAUUUCAUCAACCUCAGACGAGAGAAGUCCCACCUUGAUGACGUGAGAUCAACUCUGGACAGGUCAACAGACAAAAAGCCAGCAGGCGACCAGGUAGAGAAACCAGAAGGUAGAAAACUUACAGCGAGAGAGAGACUCCUGGUGAAGAAAAGAGAAGAAGCUGACAAACGAGGUCAAGAUAUCAAGUAAGAAGAUUUUUUUUAAUAUGGUCAUUUAAAUAUUUCAAAGUUUAUGAUCAUUUGCUAACACUAACAAGUCUCAUGAGCUGGAAAAUAUGGACAUGAAAUUUUUCACUUAAUAGGAAGUUAAUCAGAUUCUGUGUUGAAAUAUUUGUGGACUAGUUAUCUCUCUUUAAGCUAAAAUAGAAUCUACACAACAGAAAUACAUUUUCAGAAAGGUCCCGUUGUCUAAUUUUCUUCAUUAUGCACGUGUCAAGUAUUAUUAUUUUUUUCCAGGAAAGCCACACAAAUUCAGCUGGUUGAAAACACAAUGAGGAGAGAGAAAAUAAAAAAAAAUCUGGAGCAGUCAACUGUGAGUCAAAAAUUAUCAUACAUUUUGUAACUUUGAUUAACAUUCUUAUUAAAAUAAUUUUAAAAUAUUGUUUAUGUGUUUUUAUUUGGUUAAUGCAGAGUUGGGUCAAAGUAAGUACAUUUGUACGAUAGGUGUAAAUCUAGCCACAUGAAAGAAUCACCAGCGCUAAGUAUCACAUCUGGGUGAUCCUUGGGUCAUUCUAAUAAAAAAGUGACAUAUUUAUUCUUCUUUUUCCCCCCUUCUUAUUAUUAUAUUUAAGCAAUAGUUUGCCGUAGCAUAUUUAUGUUCUCUUUCCAAAAAAUAAAUAAAAAAUAACCAACAAAACAAAAACAAAAAAACUAAAAAAACAAAUUGUAUAACAUUUCUGAAAACGAAAUGACCACACAUUUUUAACUGCGGCGACAGAAUCUCAUCACUCUUUAAUGUCUGAACUUUGUACUCUUCCUCUGUACGAGACAGUUACCUGCAUGGAAAGCUGGCUAUGGAGAAGGCCAGGUUCUUAAGGAGGCACUGACAGUCAAAGAUCCACGGUUAGAGCAGCCUUACUCCCCUAAAGAUACUAUAGGUAAACCAUUCAUUGCAAAUAAGACAUUCAAUUAUCUUAACUUGAAUUAUCUGCUGUGCCAACUUCUCAAAGAUUACUUAAUUAAAUUUUUUUUUAAAAAGCGACUUUAAAAAAAAAAAAAAAUUGUAGAAACAAAUUAUAUUUAAUCCAGAAUAUCCACGGUUAGAGCAGCCUUACUCCCCUAAAGAUACUAUAAGUAAACCAUUCAUUGCAAAUAAGACAUUCAAUUAUCUUAACUUGAAUUAUCUGCUGUGCCAACUUCUCACAGAUUACUUAAUUAAAUUUUUUUUUAAAAAGCGACUUUAAAAAAAAAAAAAAAAUUGUAGAAACAAAUUAUAUUUAAUCCAGAAUUCUGCAAAGUUUUAUAAUUUCAAUUUAAAAAAAUUGAAAUAUCUUUUUUUUUUAUUGCUAAAAUUAUCCAAACAUUUUGUAACAAACAAAGGAGCAUAUAAUAUUAAUCUAAGGAUGUAAUUUAUUUUUAGAAAAUAUUUUUUAGAAUGGAACUAGAAAGUGAGUUUACCUCAGUAAACUGUUCAUAAAAUAUGCAUAGCAAAUGUUAAAAACCAUUUCACUAAUGACAACAUUUCACCAUUGAUACUGUUUCUACCAGGUGAACAUUACCAUGGUUAUGAAAGCUCAGAUGAAGAUAGCUAUACAGUAGCACAACAAACCAUUGUGCGACGUUACUCUGAGAAGGGUGCCGCCGGUUCCACCAAAAGCCAAACAGGAGCCAGUGAUCGUUUAGUGCGGUCAUUGUCCCACAAAACGCCCCGCACCCCGACCGACCGCAGCCCCAAUGCACUCAGCAUGACCUUAGGAGCCAAGGGAUCGGAGGAUCGGGCCAUUACACCAAUGAAAGAUUUAAUGGUGUACGGCAGAGAACUUUCGUCUCUUGAUUUCAAAGAUGGUCAGUUGUGCAGCUGUUGUUAAAUAAAUUGAAUCGCCUCACAAUAAUAACAAAUUGAACUAAUAACAAUUUUAAGCUUAUUUGAGCCAACUCUUGUGUUCUUUCUCCAUAUACCAAUAAGGGGACUUUAGAGUUGAAGGAUUAAGAACAGUUACCUGUAAACAUAUUUAUAGAUAAACAUAUUUUUAUGCAUUCUUUGAUAUUGUCUGAAUGUGACAUUAAGGAGAAAUUCCUGUACAUUUUUGUCUAGUUAUCACUGAAAUUCAUUGGGAAAGUGAUGUAACUUAUUUAUACAAUUAUAAUUAUUAUUCUGAAAAGAUGUUUAUCAGCUGCCAAACACAUAUAAAAUAGUUAAGAAAUCUGAUUUAAAUAUUCAACUUUAGUUUAUUUAGGCUUCCAUAUGUUGAAAUAAUUAAAUGAUUUAAAAUUUGAACUUUAAAAUAUACCUUUACCUCUAAUAUCUCUUAGAUAUUUGUCAGAUACAAACAUACCUCUAAUAUCUCUUAGAUAUUUGUCAGAUACAAACAUACCUCUAAUAUCUCUUAGAUAUUUAUCAGUUUCAAAUAUCUCUAAAAUCUUUAGGAAUACCUGAUACUCCAGACCUGGCUGAAACAUAUUAUGAACAGUUUGAUGAUUUUGUUGAUGAUGAUGACGAUGUCGUCGCGGGGGGAAAGAAGGCCAGUUCCUGUGAUGAUGAUGGAGACAACGAUGACACCAUUGGGGCGCCCAAGGAUGAUGAGGAGGACUUCAUUAACUGUUUGGAGAGAGCUCUGGAUAAGAGAAGUGCAGGUCAGAAAAUUUAACAUUUUUUUUUUUAACACAAAUUGAGCAUUAAGAACUGAAAGUGGUAACAAAAUAAGACUAAUCAUUUCAUUUGAAAAAUUACUUGCUUUUCAUAAAAGGAAUGUUAAAAUUAUUGUUCAUUAAACAUCAAUAUUUAAGACCUAAGAUUAAAUAUGUUGAAAGUACAUGCAACUUAAAGCAUAUUUGAAAGGCAGCAUCCUGUACUUGAUUCAUGGGACAUUUUAUUUAGAAUAUGUUUCUAACAAAUCUUAGUUGGGGAUAAUAGUGAUUCCUUAACUGUAGAUACCUGGUUUGAGACAAUGAUAGUUGAUAUCAUUGUGUAAAUUAUUCCCAGUCAAGCUUAGGUAACCCAAUUGUUGGGAAUCAAUAAAGAAUGUUUAAUAUAUGACUAUCCACCUAUAAACACACCUAUGAUCCAAUGACUGCUUCCCUGUUGCCACCUCUGCAUGCUAUUAGUAGUUAACAAAUGAUUCUUGCUUCCACUAAACAGAAUCAACCUUGGUCAGUGAUGACACAGUUUCUGGUGCAUUCGGACCUCACGCAAGAGAGACCAAAAUAAAAAACAUGAGAGGGUGAGUGUUCAUCAACAUGCCCUUGGCGGCUCAAAAAAAAAUUUUUUUAACAUAGCUAAAAAAAAAAGAUCACUGCACGCCUGUGUGAUAGGGGUUACAUAAAUGAGGUUUUUACAGCACCCAGGUUUGCCCCAAUAACUUUCCAUUUGUGUUGGAAGUAUACUCUUAACCUAUAAACUUGAACUUGAAGAAAAAACACUACCAAACCAAAACCAAAAACAUUGAAUUAAAUUAACUCAUUAAAAAAAAAAAAAAUUUGAAUUCAAAUGAAGACUUGUGUUUAUUUAAGUGUAGAGAAUUUACUUAAGGCCACUUUUUAUAUGUAUAAAUGUUUUCCCCACAGCAUGUGUGUCAAAGCCCUUGGAGAAGAAGAGUUUACCAAAGCCUACAACUACCUGAAGACUGCACGCAAUUCAAAGAAAGGAAAGGAGAAAUCGGAGAAGGAGAUCAUGGAAGGUUUGAAGAAAUUCGUCAAGAAUCCCGCAGACUGCUUCUUGGUGGACCAACUUCUGUUUCUAGAAGAGCAAGCUAAGCUUAGCUAGUGUUAACACCCUGUACAGUUUGUGGUGAUCUGUCUUGUGUUUUUUGUGUGGCUGAAGUGUAUAAAUUGUUCUGUCCUUUCAGAUGUCUAGGUCAGUGGCAGACAAACUGUGUUCACUGUGAUGAGAGCAGCAAUGAUUUCUGUUCAUGUUUCGGACUGUUUGGUUUUUGGAAUUUUCCCUUAAAAAAAGGGUAAUGAUGAAAUGGCAGGACAAAUUAUGAAAGUGUGCGUUGGUUGCAUGUGGCCAUAUGGGUUGUGUGGCCAUUUGUGUUGUGUGUGGCCAUAUGGGUUGUGUGUGGUCAUAUGGGUUGUAAGUGUCUACUUAUUAUGCAAGUCUUAUGAAUAUUUUCAUUCGAUGGAAUGCAAAAUAAAAUGAAAAGUCUUGACGAGAUCUGUCUUAGGUUUCCAGUGAGGAACCUAUGGGAGUCAGACAAGCAUAAAUCUAGUGGUGUCAAGAAUUAAUCUUGUGGUGUCAAGAAUUUAUCUAGUGGUGUCAGCCCUUGAUCUAAUGGUGUCCAGCAAAUCCUCACAAGGAUUCGCUGCAAUUUGGAAUGAAAAUUUUUCAUAUGUAAAAUUUUAUUGUUAAUUAAUGAUAAGACUGCCAAUGAAAAGUCAAUGACACUGAUGAUCCAGUUCUUUGUCACCUAUUGACAGUUCUUUCAGUUAUCUAGGUCAGUACCACUCAAAGUAUUGGUCCCCACAGACUGGAGCCACUUAUCAAGCCCUAACACUAGAAGGCAAAAAUGAAAAAAAAAAAAGAAAUAUUUGAAAGCUAACUGCAUUUAUAGUCAAGAAAUUAGUCACAGGCCCCCAUUGCAGUGUGGAUGAUUGCUGCUGGGUCAGUCACAUAGUAAUGUUUGAGGAGCACUGAUCUAAGUAAUCUGAUUUGUUUUCUAAUCAAAGAUCUCUGUUGAAAACUAAUUUUAUAAUCAGGAGAGACUCAUCAUUCACUAUACAAGCAGCCUUACAUUUAUGUCAACAAUUUGACUUAAAUUAUUUUUAAAUAUUGAUAAAGUAAACUGUUAAAUAUUUGUAACAAGAAUGUAUUUGUAAUUUUAAAAAAAAAAACAACUUUCUUAUUUAUUUUUUAAUGACAUAUUUUUAGUUAUUAUUUUAAUGUGAUACUAUUUUCUAAAGAAGUUGAGGAC